AUGUUGAUGCUGCUGCUGGUCUUUGGGCUGCGGGUCGGGUCGGUGUUGGCUCAGGUCCGACACCCUUUGCCCGUUCUGUGGAUGAUGCCGGUCAACUCUGGAGGGGGGGGGGGGAACCUGACGGCCGGCGUGGCCCCCGCUGUCAGACUGGCUCUGCAGGACCUGAAGAAACAACCAGCGCCUCUGGGAAACUACGAGAUCCAGCUGCAGCUGCUGGACUCACAGUGUGAGGCGCCGUCGGCUCUCAAAGCUCUGUUUGAUGCCAUGUGGUCGGGACCAAAGUACCUGCUGGUGUUUGGAGGAGUGUGUCCAUCUGUGAUGACGCUCAUCACUCGCUCUCUGCCAGCACUCAACCUGGUGCAGGUGUCCUUUGCAGCACCGCCCCCCAACCUGUCCAACAGGAAGUGGUAUGGGAACCUGUUCAGCACGGUGCCAUCAGACCGAGCUCUUAACCAAGCCACCGUGAAGCUGCUGCAGCGCCACAAGUGGACCCGAGUCGCAAUCAUCACACAGGAAGGACUCCGACGCUCAGAGAUGAAGAAGGAUCUGAUCAGACAGCUGCUGAAAGUCGGCGUUCAGGUUGUUUCCACUGAGAGUUUCUAUGAUGACGCCUGCAGCAGCCUGAAGGAGCUGAAGGAACGUGACGCUCGAAUCAUCAUCGGACAGUUUGAGGAUGAUUCUGCAUCAGAGGUUUUCUGCUGUGCCUACAGACUGAACCUGUUCGGGCCUCGGUAUCAGUGGAUCGUUGCUGGUGGAGGAACAGCUGGAUGGAGGCUGGAUCGACAGGCGUCUGGCUGCACAGCCGACAGUCUCCUGACAGCUGCAGACGGAUCCUUCAGGCUGCAGAUCAGACAGCUCAGCGACACAAACACACCGGGGGUCUCCGGACAGACUCCUCAGGAGUACCAGGACGCCUACCUCAGAGAGCUGAUCCAGGAGAGGUCAGAGGUCAGCCCCCUCCACGCCUAUGCCUACGACGCGGUUUGGGUCGCUGCCAAAGCUCUCAGCCAGGUGAUGGAGGCGGUGAAGCACAGAGAGAAGUACAGCAUCAAGAGAAACGUCACCGUGGGCGAGGAGGAAUUUCAGAGGACGCUGCUGGAAGCCGUGAAGCAGACACAGUUUGAAGGAGCGACGGGUCCAGUUUCCUUUCGAAAUGGAGAGCGGAUGAUGUCGAUCGAGGUGACCCAGUUUCAAGGCAGCAGCGGCGUGUUAGUGGGAGAGUUCAUUACCAACACCCAGCAUCUCAGACUCAUGAACCACCUGCUGAAGUUUAAGGGUUCAGGACCAGCUAAAGACCAAACCGCGGAGCGUCCGCAGCAACGUCGUGUCAGCUUCCUCCUGUACGUCAUCGUGUCAUCAGUUGCCGCGGUAACCAUCAUCAUCACUCUGACCAUCCUCUGCUUCAUCAUCAUCAACCGCAAACACUGGCUGCUGAGGCGGAGUGGUGGACCCCAGGAUGAGCUGCUGCUGCUGGGCAUCCUGCUCUCCUCUGCCUCCGUCCUGAUCUCCGGUCUGGAUGAAGCAUCGCUGUCGGACGUGAUGCUUCAGAUCCUCUGCUCUGUUCGUAUGUGGAUUCUGUCAGUUGGACACACUGUUGGCUUCUCGGUGCUGUUCAUUAAAACAUGGAGGGUCUAUUCCACCUGCUGCAUCAACCAGAAGGCUGUUUGUGUGUUUCUGUGGAUGUUACUGUUGGAUGUGUUUGUUUUAACCUCCUGGCAGAUCCUGGAUCCCCUCAGACGAGUGGUGAUUCAGUUCAGAUUAGAGAGCGACCCUGCUGAUCAGGACGUGAUCAUCCGGCCAUACUCUGAACACUGCAGCAGCAUCAAGAUGGAGCUGUGGCUCACUGCUGUCUACGGAUACAAAGGACCUCUGCUGGGUCUUGGAUGUUUCCUGGCCUGGAGCAUCAGGACUGUGAAAUCAGAUCAUCCUCCACUUCCUAGUGAACACCUGCCACUGUGUAUGUUUGCUGUGACGGUGUUCAGCGUGUCAGGGGUCACAGGAUCGAUGCUGACAUCCUACAAUCCUUCUGUUCAGUUCUGUCUGAGCAGCGCACUCAUCCUCUGCUGUAACAUCUUCAUCCUGAGCUGGGUGUUUGGAGCAAAGGUCAGUCUUGAUGUAGAAAUAGAAACCAUCACCAUGCAACUAUCUGUGGUUCAUGUAGCUCAGGUGUGUGCAGUGGACCAGAACUCAGAGGAACCUUUGAGUACAGACGCCGUCAACUCUCCAGAACAUGUGCAACGCCGUCUGUCCGUGCAGCUCCCGAUCCUCCAUCACUCCUACCUGCCCUACAUCGGUGGCGUUAGCGCCAGCAGUUCCAGUCUGUUUGGCAGCAGACAGACGUUCGCUCACUGAUGACUUCCUGUAAACCGGACAACACACAACAGGAGCAACUGCUUUGACCGUCACCUGUUCUGAAACAGAGGACGUUGGUCCUGAUUUAUUUGUUUUUUUACCUACAUUAUUAAAUAUGAAAAUGAAAAUAAAUAUUGUACCGUAUAUAGUCGUAAACCUUCCACCAAACUGCCAUUAAAAUGUUGACUCAGUGAUUUUUUGCUGUCUUUUAUCAGUUGUUAAUUUGAUUUGUAAAAAAGAAAAAGAAAAAAUUAGAAAUCUGGAAGAAGACUUUUUUUUUUUUACUAUAAAAAUGUUUUUUAAAUCAAGUGAAUAUCCUCAAAAUUGUUUCUGUUUAAUGUUUUAACCUUCGUGUCGUCCUCCCGGGUCAAAUUGACCCCGUCUGUUUUAACUGUUCCUUAUUUCCUCCCUUCCUUCCUUCCUUCCUUCCUUCCUUCCUUCCUUCCUUCCGUCUGUCCUUCUUCCUUCCCUCCUUCUCUCUUUCUUUCCUUUCUCUCUCUUUCCUCCCUUCCUUCCUUUCCUUCCUCCCUCUCUCCUUCUCUCUUUCUUUCCUUUCUCUCUCUUUCCUCCCUUCCAUCUUCCUUUCCUUCCUUUCUUCCUCUUCCUCUUUCCCUUUCUCCCUCCCUCCCUCCUUCCUUCUUUCCUCCGUCCUUCCUUCCUUUUUUCCUUUCCUUCCUUCCUCCCUCCCUCCUUCUCUCUUUCUUUCCUCCCCACUCCCUUCCUUCUUUCCUCCAUCCUUCCUUCCUCCCUUCCUUCUUUCCUUUCCUCCCUUCCUUCUUCCCUCCUUUCCUUCCUUCCUUCCUGUCCUUCCUCCCUUGCUUCUUUCCAUUCCUUCCUUCCUUCCUUCCUUCCUCUCUCCCUCCCUCCUUCCAUCUGUCCUCCCUGCCUUCUGUCCUUCCUUCCUUCCUUCCUUCCUUGACUCAAGGACAACAGGAGGGUUAAAACAGGAAUUCUCCAGAAAAUAAACUAGUAUGAAAAAUAAACUGGAUGGAAAAUGUUUGCGACUGUGUGUCGUCUG